AUGUUUUCAUUCAUACACCAACAUAACAUUAUAUCUUUCCCUCCCCACAAUGCACUCUCUCUUACUACUACUACUCUAACUCUCAACUCUCUCAAUUUUCCAUUAUCACAUUACACCUACCUCAUCUUCCCCAAUCUAAAUAAAUGUUCCAACAAAAACAUCAUACUAACGGGCUAGACCAAAUGUUUCUUCAUCAGUUCCCAUCUUCUUGUUCUUCUAUGCAACUCCCAACCUCAAUGGAGCGGUCAAGUUCAUCAAGGUGGAAGCCCCACAUCGAGGUUGCUCCCAAUUGCCCUCGCUGCGCUUCCACCAACACCAAAUUCUGUUACUACAACAACUACAGCUUGUCCCAGCCGCGGUACUUCUGCAAAGGCUGCCGCCGCUACUGGACCAAAGGCGGCUCUCUCCGCAACGUCCCUGUAGGGGGCGGAUGCAGAAAGAGCCGCCGCGUGAGGUCCUCCGCGUCAAGGCACCUUCAAAGCGAACGCCUUUCUUCAUCAAUUGGUGGUAGUGGUGAUGGUGAUCAACACGGAGGCCAAACCAAUGGGUCACGUGACAUUGACAUGGCGCUCGUGUUCGCGAAAUUCUUGAACCAAGACACGAGCUCUGGUGAGGAAUUUGAUAGAGAGGGUAACAACCGGUCGUCGUCUUUGACACCGGAAAGUGUGGAGCUGCCUCAGAAGCAGCUCUCUGAUGCUGAAGCUGAUUCUGAUGCUGAUGCGAUGAUGGUAGUGGGUGGUGGGGACCACCUUCUUGUUGGUGAUGAGUUGAGUUUGAGUGGGAUUGAUGAGUUGGAGGGUUUUCUUGGUGGUGACGAUAAUGAUGUGGUCCAUGAUGCUUUGUUUUCUGAUACUACCUUGUCUGCUUCCUCCAUUACCUGGCAGACACCGAUGAUCGAAAAGCAGUCGUUGGAGUUGGAGUUGGAGUACUCUAUGCCAUUCAAUGAGGAUUGUAUUGGAAGUCAUGAUCAAUUGUUACCGGUUAGUUCAGCUUCUAGUACAAUGAAUUUAAUUAGCGACAGUUGGGCUACUUGGAAUUCCUUUGAUCUUUCAACCAUGGAAGUUUUCUCAUCAAGACCUUGACCAAUUCUUAUUUAAUUAGAUCUGGUUUCCACAUAAUUAUUAUACUUUUCAUUUGUAAGUUUUACUUUUCUUCCUAUUAUUUGAAAGAAGAGAACAAAAACGGAGAGAACUAUUCUUACUAUGUGCCAAUAUUAUGAGGAGGGGAGACUUAGAAUGUUAUAGAACAUUAUUUAUAUGUUUAACAGUUAUACAUAGAAUAAAAUUGUACUUCUGCUGGCUGCAUAUAAUCCAUUGAUUGGAAAUGUAGUUCCAAAAGAUUUACUGA